GCCGGUUGUAUCCUUCUUGUCUCGAAAUGACUCUUGCUAAGUUUUUAUAUAUGCCUUUACUUUAUAUUUCUCACAAAUAUGAAUCUCCAUUUUAUUCUUAAAGGUGGAGAAUUUCUUUAAAAUGACAAAUUCUAACCCGUGUGAAAUAGAAAUAUUCCAUGAUGUUGAGCAGAGAACUCUGUAUCUUCAUUUGAUCACUGUUCACGAUGGUGCAAUGUUGUACAAAUUGUGCGAAGUCUUGCAUAGAAAUAUUCCAUUUGCUGAGUCUUAUAAAGCUUGGCAGCAUGAGGAAUAUCAAUACGCUAAAGCUUUGUUGUUCAUGUUCUCUGUUUGUCAUAUCAUGGUGUUAAUGCAUCCAACUCAGAUAUUUGACGUUAGUUACAUCCGAUUAUUUAAGCUGGUUGCAAAUACAAGACAACAACUCAUUACAAUACUAAGCCAAGAACUGAGCAGUGUUGAAGGGAUCCACGAUAUUUGGAAACAGACUGGUCGUCCUUGCAUCCCAAGACUUCUCUGUUCUUUUCAACAGAACAAAAAUUCACAGUUAUUAAGCAGAAAUGUAUCCGAGGUUGAGUCAAACCCAGACUCUUACGCAAGUCGGACGAAAAUUAAAUCUCAGGCUCCAGCUAAGAGUCCUCUUACCAACCUCCAGCACGCGUUAGAAGAUCAGGUGUACAGUAUAAUGAGAAAAAGUCGCUUAUUAGGCAGUCUUAGUUCCAGUUCACUGUUCACUGUCACCUCCAGUCAUAAUUUCGUUCAUGUCCAAGCGGCGGAGAUAUCGCGUUCUGCAGAUGCUCUUGAUAUUCUCCUGAAAAAAUUUCCAAUUCCAGCCUUCCCUGACAGUUUCAGAUCCAUGCUGUUUCCCAAGGCCCCUCGAGCGACAACUACAUCCAACGGCACCAGCACAAACACUGGUCACGUGUUAUUCCGAGAUUUCUUGCGGGAACAAAUUGAUAAUCUAAUGACAGGCGACGGUCGUGACGGAUUGGCUGAAGGUCGUAGGGGGACACAUGUUGAGGUACCCACCAUUCGAGAAUGGGCGAAGGUUUGCGUCGCUGUGUUUGGAUACCUCAUGAGUGAACGAAGUAACGACAACAACCAUUUGACCACACUUGCUGCAAACCUUGACCUUGAAAUGAAGUUUUCCGACGCGCGUUGCCGCAAAGUCCUCCCAGUUGCAACCAGUGCAUAUCUUGACAAUCUGGCGUCUCAUUAUCCGAAGAGUGUGCAUAUAAAUCAGCUGAACCAGGCUCUCCGCGUUUUCGCGAUGAACGCUCGUGGUCCUGCGUACGAGAAGUACGUUAUGCAACUGCAGGACGAUUGUAACAAGAUGUGGAUGAAUGGAAGGCAAUUAUGCGAAGUACGAAGUCUCAAAGGACGACACUGUAUUUAUCCGUUUCACAUAGUUCCAGGACAAUCAAUCGAGGACAACCCUCUGAUAGACAAGAGCACUAUAUCUUGCAAACCUCACUCGAGUCGUAUCACCAGCCUCUGUGCCUGUAACUGCGGACGAACACAGGCCCAACGAGAAGAUCCCUUUGAUCUGAAGGCGGCAAACUAUGACUUUUAUCAAACUAUGGAGGAAAAAUGCUGCUCAACCUUGGUCCAUUUCUCAUUCCCCUGUUAUCCAUACAGCGUCCAUGAGAAACCAGCUACGACGCCCCCUGUAUUACCCGUCUCAGAAACGACAAUGUCAGACCAAGAAACCUCGGCACAGAGAGCGGCAACGUUUUCUGCUGCGUCAGUUAGAUUGAAUAAGGAUGCAAAAGAAUUUGUAUCGACUCGCGCGACGUCAACAAAUCCAGCGAGUGUCGCAGAGUCCCCGGGCGUAACAGAUCCCGCGAGUGCAGCAGAUCCCGCGAGUUUAGCAGAUCCCGCGAGUGUCACGAAUCCGCCGAGUGUCACGAAUCCCUCAUUCAGCCCCGAACCCUCAAAUGUAUUGAAUCCUGUGACGAGUGUUUCCAGUCCCGCGAGUGUCCCUAAUCCCGCAACGGCCGCAAGUGCUCCGAAUCCCAUGAGUUCACUUCUUAGUGAAGGAUUUCAAUCAAUGUCCGAACUGGAAUCGAACUAUCAGAAGAGUGCUACUUCACUCGGUUUCCAUGGAAACAGCUCUGCCGGGGGGACUGAACACCUGAGUGGUGAUACGUAUCAGGGGGAGGAUGAUGAAAUAAGGCGACCCUCUUCCAAGGAAGCCGCUGAGUACUUGGAGUGCAUGUUGAGCAGUGAGCUCACCGGUGAUCGAAUGCCGUUGUUUUGUAGCUGGUCUUUGUGUCGUCUUGGCAACGCGAAUACGUACCAAGUGUCGAAGGGAUUAGAACAGCAAGGCUUUUUCCCCGGUAGUAAUUUUCUCCUGCCAUGGGAUAUACCAUUACUGAAUGAAAAUCAGGCAGGUUUAAGCAGCUAUAUUGACGGACAUGUCAAACACCCUGGGGUAAAAACUGCCGGUGUUGAAGCAUGGCCAGCUCCGAAUGAGCUGCCAAAUGCAAACAGUAAUACGGCGCUGCCUCUCUUCCAGUCUCUUGUAUAUGCCUCGCGGCAAUGCACUGAUUAUAAAGUCAAUCCGCUGCCCAUAUGUGUAGCUCCAGCUUCGGGCUCGAAAGGAAAUGCUGCUAGGAAUCAACGAAGGCAAUACCCGACCGUGAGGGCGUAUAUUGGGAAUGAGUACGAGUGUACGCGUGGCCAUAGGUUCAUCUGUUCCGCCGAUGAUAAGAUGGUCAAAGCUAAUAAUUCUGGUGUUGUUAAAGAAACUGCUAUUCGUUUGGUCAACUCUGACAUGCCUUUGUACUUUCCUUGCCCCUGUCGAACAACAAAGCCUUUCCUAGCCCAACUCACUAGGUUGUUUGUCGUUACCCCCGAGUCGCCCAUAUUGAUCACCCUUAACCCGCGUGUUCAACCUGCACCCGCACCGUGUCCUGUCUUCUUUCCGGGCAUUAAAUCAGGCAUUACCCUGCCACCAGCAAGUUUGUGUGUCUUACGUUUGCCGUUCGUGUAUGUUGGGUUAAAAGGCCCGAUUUCUCAUCCCGCGGACAAUCAGCCGUUGAUGAACUCCCGUCUGUUACGGGGAACCUACGGUGUAAUGGCGACAGAGCGAUUGCUAGAGGAUAAAGACGCUUGGAAUUGAGCAGAGAAAAAGGAAAUUCUUCAUGAGGAUAUCCGAUUUUCCGUUUGUUUCUGCGAUCCAAGCAUUUUCUCCCCAUGUUGGCGGGCUGAAUGUUGGUAGAUUGACAAACAAAGCUAUUGAGAUUUGAACAGCAUGAUUGUUGAACUAGGAGUGUUAUCAUCAGCGGAUAUCCCGUCCGAAUACCGGACGUCUUGAAAUCAGUGGAGUCACAACUUCCUUUAGGCUUUAAUUAGUUUCUUCGUGAUAUAGUGUGGUGUACUUUCUUCAAAGAAACUUUGAAAAGUUUAGGUGACACACUUUUAACAGACUGUACUUUGUUGACAAGAAACUGUAAAGCAUUUAGGAAAACAACGUUGAGUUGAUUGUAAAUUAAAUUGUGCUGAGAGUGAUCAGAAUGAACCACUUCGCGCACUUUGUUAUUUCUUUUGAAAGAAAACUAUGAUGGAAGUUUUAGCAUCGAGUUAACAUUCCAUCAUAUUGACCGUAUUCUUUUGAGACAUUUCAAUACAAUUGAAAAUAGCCUAACUUUGCAACACAUUUAAAUACAUUAAGCGUUUUUAAGACACUAAGUUGACUAACAGUGUGAGAGUUUUUGAGAAUAAAUAUAUUGCCCUUAGGCCUGGCUUGGGUUUGGCAUGGGGCUCGAUGAUGAUUCUGCCAUAUUUUUAAGUGAUGCUUUAGGAAAGAAGCAUUCUGUGUUAAUUCAUAUAUAUCUAUUCAUGUAUCCUUGACAACGACAUGGAAGAAAAAAGUUCUUUCAUGCUGUAGGUG